AUGGCAAGCUCUGCUGCUUCAUGCCCUCCUUCAAUCAUGUCCUCCUGCCAGCGUCUGGAAGGAAGAAAUGGGGCAUCCAGUACCCCCAAAUCACUGGCCUUCUCCAUUGAAAGAAUUAUGGCUAAGUCUUCAGAGCCCAAGCCUACAAUUUUUGACCAGAACCAUGCACUGGACAGCGAUGCUAAGAAGAUCUUGAACCUUUGUUCUCCAAUCCCAUGCAUGAUCCCAGUGCAGUCCUUGGGUUAUGAUGUCCACUCCAAGACUCUGCUGAAUUAUUCGGAGCUGUGGAAGAACAGUUUGAGGGCUCCUGUGUGUCACUCUUCUGGGUUGUGCAAAGCUAACUGUGCCAUGUGCUGCAAGAACGACCUCAACAUGGGGCACUCGGUCGUGCCAAGCAGUAGGGUGGUCAAACCUCAGGUGAUCAACCAAACAGUAGGGAUGCCACCAGGGACUAAUGGACCUCUCUAUUACUUCAACUACUUGGACUCUGCCUACAACCCCUCAGAUAUCCUCAAUGGACAGCUCAUUCCCUCUAGCAUUUUAAAUGCCCAGUCCCAGGCGACACUAAGUGCCCACCAUAAACUGUACUUAUUGGAAAAUGCUAAAAUUUCUAGCCUUUGUCCAGACAAAUACCCCAUUCCUCAAUAUCCACAUAAGGAGCGUCUACCAGGCCAACUGGACCAGGUGAUGAAAGAAAACAGUGCCCUGGCUGUGGACAGGAACCCCAAGAGCCACAGCAAACUUAGUGCCAACCCCAUUGAUGGGAAACCCAAGAUCUUCACCUGUGAAGUGUGUGGCAAGGUUUUCAAUGCACAUUACAAUCUGACCAGACACAUGCCAGUUCACACAGGGGCCAGACCGUUUGUCUGCAAAGUUUGUGGCAAAGGAUUUAGGCAAGCCAGUACCCUGUGCAGACACAAAAUCAUCCACACACAGGAAAAACCCCAUAAGUGUAAUCAGUGUGGAAAAGCGUUCAACAGAAGUUCUACCUUAAACACCCACAUUAGAAUCCAUGCAGGGUAUAAACCUUUUGUAUGUGAAUUUUGCGGCAAAGGAUUUCACCAAAAAGGAAAUUAUAAAAACCACAAAUUAACCCACAGUGGAGAGAAGCAGUAUAAAUGUACAAUUUGCAACAAGGCUUUUCAUCAAAUCUAUAACCUGACCUUCCACAUGCACACACACAAUGACAAGAAGCCUUUUACUUGUGGGACUUGUGGAAAAGGUUUUUGCAGGAACUUUGACUUAAAAAAACACGUGAGAAAAUUACAUGACAACGUUUCGGCCUCCUCUUCCAUGAAAGAGAUAUCCAGGACUGUGCAGAACUGA